AAUACAUCAUUUACUAUCACUCGGCGACCGCACUUUCACUCUACCCUUUGACCCUCUCCGCGUUCUGUCCUCGCCGGAAAACGCCUUCGCCUGUUUCUCCGCCGCGCUCGCCGGCGUCGUCGACCGGGUAGACGCGGCGGCGUUCGCCGCCCAGAUGGUCCGGUUCGCCCUCGAGAACGUCACCGUCAGAGAGGUUGCGUCCGGUUCGGGAUAUCCCUGUCGGCGGUCUUGGAGACGGUCUACGUCAUGGAGCCGGAGGCGCGGCCGACGGCGCCGCUUCCGCCGCCGGCGACUCGGGCGGCCGUGGAUGCGCUGGAUGAGUGGCUCAUGGACCACAAGUUUCGGGCGUUUGAGAGCAGCUGGGGACCCGCCGCCGUCGGGCCUGGGUUGUCGGAAGAUGAGGUCGCCGCGCUGGAGAAACAGAGGUUCGCCGGAGAGGCGGAGGAGGAGGCGCCGUCGUGUGCGGUGUGCCUGGAGGAGUACACGGAGGGUGACGUCAUCACUCCCCUGUCGUCUUCCUGUUCGCAUAAGUUCCACAACGGGUGCAUCGCGAAGUGGUUGAGGAGGAAGAGGACUUGUCCCGUCUGCCGUGCUCCGGUCACCGGUGGCCGUCAAAGCUGAAUAAUUAAUCAAGAGGAUUAGCUAAA